AUGAUUCAUCUCCUCCCUCCCCGUUUCAUGAUUCAUCUCCUCCCUCCCCGUUUCAUGAUUCAUCUCCUCCCUCCCCGUUUCAUGAUUCAUCUCCUCCCUCCCCGUUUCAUGAUUCAUCUCCUCCCUCCCCGUUUCAUGAUUCAUCUCCUCCCUCCCCGUUUCAUGAUUCAUCUCCUCCCUCCCCGUUUCAUGAUUCAUCUCCUCCCUCCCCGUUUCAUGAUUCAUCUCCUCCCUCCCCGUUUCAUGAUUCAUCUCCUCCCUCCCCGUUUCAUGAUUCAUCUCCUCCCUCCCCGUUUCAUGAUUCAUCUCCUCCCUCCCCGUUUCAUGAUUCAUCUCCUCCCAACAGACCUGAAGGCCAUAGGAGGCGUGGAGCCGCUGCUGCGCUUUCUCAAGUCCCCCAUGCAAUCCUCCACACGCGGGCAGCAGCCCUCUGAGUGUCUUGCCAUAGGAGGCUUGGAGCCGCUGCUGCGUUUCCUCAAGUCCCCUCAUGCAAUCCUGCGGGCGCGGGCGGCGGAGGUGGUGACCACCAUGGUGCAAAACAAUGAAAAGAGCCAGCGCAGCGUGAUGGAGGCGGGCGGCCAUCUGACCCUCAUGGAUAUGCUUCUAAACGAUGCUGACGUCACUGCCAGGACCAAGGCCGUGGGGGCGAUUUCAUCCUUGGUGCGCCAUAACCCAGAAGGCCUGGCGUCCCUUCGAGCCGUCGUCGGCAUUAAGGGACUCACCUCCUUAAUUUCCUCCGCCGCCCAACCCACCACCGACACCACCACCACCAGCAGUGCCACGAAGCUCCUACUUAAAGCCCUGCAUCUCACGCUCUAUUUCCUACAGCAGUUCCCCUCAGACCAGCCCCAGGCUCUCUCCUCGGGCCUGCGCAAGGGGGAUGAGGUUUCUGAAACAGAGGCGGUUAUUGGGGUUCGAAUUGAGGCUGUAUCUGCCCUGCAGAAGCGCCAAAGCUCAGGUGAAAACUCAGGUGGUUCAGAUGGUGCAUCAGAGCCGGAAUCAGGGGACCUUCAGGAGGAGCUGGACGCCUUGCUGGAGACGAGACGCGCUCUGAUUGGUCGAAAGGUAGCUGUCGCCAGGGGGAGAGCGGAGCUGGGACCAGUGGGGGAGCAGCAGGCACUGUAG